CUGCAGAGCAAAGGCUUUCUGCCGAGGAAUUCAACGGGAGUUGUGGACAAAAAAGGAGCUGGCUUCUUUCACAAACUCAAGAGGUGCAAGCCCUGUAGUCUGAGGUCUCAUCUGCCCUCCCUCAGCCUCCACCCCCCCCGUCUCCUGUCUGAGCCCUGCACCUGUUCUGACUCGUCAGCCAGGUGAAGGGGAUCCUCUGGCCUUGUGCUGCUUUUUCAGCUGACCAUAGCUGCAGGGCAAUUAGGAACCCAGUCUAGUCAUUUUACUGGAUUGCUGCUUUGCUCUGUAUCCCUCUAUCUGUGUCUCUCUCUAUAACCCACCUCCCUGCAUAUCCCUACCGCCCUCCCACUCCAUCUCCGUCUAGCCCAGUCUGUGCCUGGUUGACAGUGUGGCUGUGAGUACGUGUGGAGCUGCAGACAUUUCCGUGCUGGAGUGAAGGUGUGGAUCACAUUGCAAAGACACAGGGGAGGAAAGGGUGAAACAAUUCAUUCUUCCGGUGGACAAAGUUGGAUUGAGCAUUUGGAUUAAAGUAAAGACUACAAACCAAAAAUUCUGCAGUUGGAAGAGCAGCAGGUAUGAAAAGCCAGACCGUGGUUGUGUCUGCGGCUCUGCUGGCCCUGUGCUGCCUAAUGAUCCCAAGAGGAGGGGAGAGCGCUGGGGGGAUAAUUUCUCUCCGGCAAACUGAAGGGGAGAAGCAGGCAGAGGAUCAGCUGCGAGACGAGUCCCUGGAUGAUCCAGAAAGUGAGCAAGGACUCACAGUGGACUCACUGGGAAGCAGCAACAAGGACAAGAGAGACACAGAGGAGGCUGCACGGGUUGGUUUUCCAGGCAGGUUGAGGAGAGCACCAGAUGAAGGCAAAAAGAAGAAGAAGGACAAGAAGAAGAACAAAGAGCCAAAGGACCCCAAUGCCACCAAAAAGCCUAAAACUGCCAAGAAGGGAAAGAAGAAGGACAAGAAGACAACCACAACUCUACCACCAACCACAACAGUGAUCCCGACUGAACCACCAACUGAACCACCCACUGAACCACCCACUGAACCACCCACUGAACCACCCACUGAACCUGAGUCAUACACAGACUAUGCCUAUCCUGACGGUGACAAUGAUUACUGGAAACCAGACGAUGACUACUGGGAUGCAGAGCCCACACCACCCAGGCCUCAGCCCAAGACUCCGACCACAGAUCUUCCGUACGACGACUGGGACCCGGAGGAGGAAGACCCAGCUGCCCCAGUGACAGACGCCUACGAGGACUACUGGAAACCAGAGGAGAGAGAGCCGUCCACUCUGGCGCCUGACACCUAUGAGGACUACUGGAAACCAGAGGAGAGAGGGCCAUCCACUCUGGCGCCUGAGGCCUACGAGGACUACUGGACACCAGAGGCUCCCGUGACUGAUAACUAUGACAGCUACUGGAAAGAGGUGGACCCGACGCCCCCUGCCCCUGAGGUUGAUGGGAAGGCCGGGACAGAUGACACCGAUUACUGGGACUCCACAUUUGAGGUGCCGGAGAAUCUUCCAUUCCCUGAUGGUGAAGAGGUCAGCCCUGAAAUCAAAGUAGAAACUCUACCAGAGGAACCCACUGCCACUCCUCCCCAUGAGGGAACGUGGUAUGAUGAUUACGACGAAUAUGGAAUGAGGAGGAAAGAAGACGAGAAUGACGAUAAAUGGAUGGAAAAGGAGAGAGAGAGAGCAGAAAAAGAAAGAGCAAGGGAAGCGAAAGAGAGAGCACAGAAGCUGAAGGAGGCAGAGGAGCGGGCCAGGAACAGACCACGUGUUUUCAAAGAGCCAAAGAAGUGUCCUCCCCUGGGGAUGGAGUCCCAUAAGAUCGAGCCAGACCAGCUUUCAGCCUCCUCUAUGUCUCAGUAUAGUUUUGCACCUCAGAGGGCGCGCCUCAACAUGCAGGGCUCAGAUGAUGAAGAAAACAUGAGAGGUGGAGCGUGGUGUGCAAACUCAGAGGACAGAGACCACUGGUUUGAGAUUGAUGCUCGCAGGGAGACGGAGUUCACAGGAAUCGUAACACAAGGACGGGACUCUUUGAACGAGAGUGACUUCGUGAAGUCCUACUUCCUGGCCUUCAGCAAUGACACCAGAGAAUGGAUCACCAUCCAUGAUGGAUACACUGACUGGUUGUUCUUUGGAAACAGUGAUAAGGACACUCCAGUGAUGAACCAGCUGGCAGAGCCCGUGUCGGCCCGUUACAUGCGGAUCAUCCCUCAGAGCUGGAACAGCUCUCUGUGUAUGAGGCUGGAGGUCCUCGGCUGCCCCCUACCCGAUCCAGCGGAUGUUCAGUUCAGGCAAAACGAAGUCACUCCAGUAGAUUACUUGGAGUUCAAACAUCACAGCUACUCAGAGAUGGUUUCAUUCAUGAAGUCAGUAAAUGCGGAGUGUCCCAACAUCACCAACAUCUACAGCCUGGGCCGCAGCUCCAAGGGACUGGAUAUCAUGGCCAUGGUCAUCUCUGGCAACCCCACAGAGCACGAAAUAGGGGAGCCAGAGUUUCGCUUCACGGCAGGUCUCCACGGAAAUGAGGCCGAGGGUCGGGAGAUGAUCCUGCUUCUCAUGCAGUACCUGUGCAAAGAGUACAAAGACAGAAACCCCAGAGCCAUGCGGCUGGUGGAGGGAAUACGCAUCCACCUGGUGCCAUCGCUCAACCCUGACGGACAUGUGGAAGCUUUUGAAGUGGGAUCGGAGCUGAGUGGAUGGACCACUGGACACUUCACUGACGACGGCUUUGACAUCUUCCAGAACUUCCCCGACCUGAAUAGUAUCCUGUGGGAUGCUGAAGAUAAGGGCAUGGUUCCCAAACUCACCCCAAACCAUCACAUGCCCAUACCAGAGAACUUGGCGACCAACAGCUCGAUUGCUGUGGAGACUAAGGCCAUAAUCUCCUGGAUGAAAAGCCAUCCAUUUGUGUUAGGCGCAAACUUGCAGGGCGGAGAGGCAAUUGUAGCUUACCCUUAUGACAGCUUGCGUCUCAACAAGCCUGCCGAGAGCCAAAAACCCCGCAGCCGCAAGAAGAGACAGUAUGAAGAAGAAGCAUUUGAUGUGACAGAGUGGGGAAGGGGCUACCAAGAGGAGCCAGAGGAAGACUGGAGAGGAAGGGGAUAUGCAGAGCCAGAAGAGGAGAGGAGGGGCCAGGGCUACGACCAAGGUUACGAACGUGGCUACGACCAAAACCAAGGCUACGAACGUGGCUACGACCAGAACCAAGGUUACGACCGUGGCUAUGAACAGAACCAAGGUUACGAACGUGGCUAUGACCAGAACCAAGGUUACGAACGUGGCUACGACCAGAACCAAGGUUACGAACACGGCUAUGACCAGAACCAAGGUUACGAACAUGGCUACGACCAAAGCCAAGGUUAUGGCCAUAGAGAGGAAGAAGAGGACGAUAGAGGAAGAAGCGCCGGCUACCAGUACUCUGAGCCCGAGGAUGAGCCUCGGGUGAUCGCAGACGAGUCCCUCUUCAGGUGGCUGGCUGUCUCUUACGCUUCCACACACCUAACCAUGACACGCAACUUGCACGGCUCCUGCCACGGAGACACCGAUGCAGGGAUACACGGCAUCGUCAACCGAGCCAAAUGGAAGCCAAUCACAGGGAGUAUGAAUGACUUCAGCUACCUACACACCAACUGUUUUGAGUUGUCCAUCUUCCUGGGAUGUGAUAAGUUCCCCCAUCAGAGUGAGUUGGCGAAUGAGUGGGAGAAGAACAGAGAAGCAAUGCUCAUCUUCAUGGAGCAGGUGCAUCGUGGCAUCAGAGGCAUUGUGAAGGAUCUGCAGGGGAACGCCAUUGCAAAUGCCACUGUGACUGUAGAGGGGAUAGACCAUGAUGUCACUUCAGCACCAACAGGGGACUACUGGCGGCUGCUUAACCCAGGAGAGUACCGCGUGACUGCUCGAGCUGAGGGCUUCUCCCCUGUGACCAAACUCUGUGUGGUGGGUUACCAGCCAGGAGCCACCACCUGCAGCUUCAACCUGGCCAAGUCCAACUGGGACCGCAUCAAACAGAUCAUGGCCCUCAAUGGCAACAAGCCAAUUCGACUCAGCUAUGGCAACAACAGAGCACAGAACCCUGCAGUUGCUACAGGAAACAGGCGUGUGGUCGAUGGCAACACCGGGUAUUCAUCGAAUUCAGGAGUCAGCACCGAGCGGCAGAGGAGGCUGAGGAUAGCUCGUCUCCGUCGCCUUCGGCAGCAGAGAUUACUGAAGUUAAGAUCGACGACGUUACCCCCGACCACAACAAUCACAGUUCCCACAACACCAGAGACCACCACAUCCUGGUAUGACUCGUGGGCCAUAGGGGAGGGACAGACUUCGACACCUGGUGGUUUCACAGACUCCAUCCUGGAUUAUAAUUAUGAUUACAAGAUUGAUGACUAUUAACCUUAAAACACACACACACAGCCCAGUUCAGUAAACGGUCCUUUCCUAGAGGUAGUUCCCAUCGUCAUGUUGUCCUGAGCAGGCUGAUAACGAAUCAAAUGAGGUAUCCUGUCUUUGUAUGACACGUGAGCAAUGGGAACAUACAGAGUAUUAACUGUAGUUGUAUAAGGAUAGUGUAUCUAUUACUUAACAAAAUGCCUCUGCGCACAAAUUGACCCUGUUUAUUAUAAUAGUAUUUCUGUUUGACGGUUUAUGCUGCAUUUUUCAGUCUUUUUGCUUCAUGAAGUUUAUUGUGAAUGCACAUUAAAAAAGAAGACAUGACAAUUUAUUUUUACUUGGCAGAAAUAUUUUUUACAGUAUGAACAGUCACUGGAGGUUUAAAAAGCAUUUGUUCAAACUUGGUAACAGAGUCAGAGGAGGGAAGGAGUCUUGUUGCCUCAGCUGGAGUAGAGUUAUUUUUCAAAUAAAGGCUUGUUAAUACACA